AUGCAUCAACAACCGCAUGACUCUCACAGCCUCCUCCAUUCUGUGAUGAGUGAGAGUCAAGAAAUUGAGUUGAAGGAUCAUCAUUACGGAGAGGUUGUUGCUGAUGCCAUAACAGAAAUCAAGAACCUCCAACUUUCCGAAAUGAUGGUUGUGAAGGAGAGGAUGAACCAACAACAUGAGAGCUCUGAUUCGGAGAAUAACAACAACAGAACUGAGAGUCAAAAAACAACAACAACGAUGGUUCGUCGUGAUGACGUCGUCAACACAGAGAGAGAAAUCGAUAACAAUUACCACAAGGAGGAGGAUUUUAUCAAGGAUGCGUCAACGUCUCAUGACGAAAUAGAGAUGAAACAUCGACACUCCGUUCCAAUUCAAUUGAAUUCAAUUGAAACAGAGCAGCUGAUUCAUGGUGAUGAGGGAAUGGGUGAAGCAAAUGACUUGGCACCCAAUUCAAUGCCUACCCUGGAGUCUCGAGAGACAACAGCAAUGAAUGAAGUAUCCAGUUCAUCAAGUUCUAAACAAGCAUUAUCACCACCAUCAAUAUCGAUUUCCUCAACGACAAUGAAUGACAACAACAACAUUGUUGGUAAAACAUUUCCAACAGAAGAAUCGCUUCAUUUCAUACCUACAGAAGAGGAAUCUCUUGAGGAUGACCAAGUGAUUAAGCCAAGUGACAAAAUAUUAAUCGAGAAUGCAAAGGAAAGAGUUCCUGACACCACUUUUUCCUUUGCAUGGUUCUCAAACAUCGCUCAAGAUUUCAAACAUGGAUUCCGUUCCAUUCGAGAACGAACAAUGAAUCGAAUAUUGUGCCGACCUUCACAUGAGGGAGAUUUCAGUGACGAUGAGGAAGAGGAUCAAAAAGGUGGAGUCAAGCCAUCAUCAGUUGCUUCUCCAAACAAUCCCAUCACUAACCCUUGUAACAUAGAAUUGAAUCCCUCCAUCCCAAAUAAUACGAAAGAACAAGACAAAGAAGAGGCUGAUGAGAAUCCAGAAAUUCACACGGUGAGAAAAUUUGAAACUAUUUACUUGAACGAUCGAGAAAAGAACAAACUCGCUCGAAAACGCAAAUGGCCAACCAAUUAUGUUCGAACCACCAAGUACACCUUAAUUACUUUUAUUCCUCAGAAUUUAUUUGAACAAUUCAGAAAAGCCAUCAAUAUUUAUCUUUUAAUUACUGUCAUUGCUGUACUUAUUCCUGACAUUUCUCCAAUUUUUCCUCCAGCAGCUGUGUUGCCCAUUACUUUCAUUGUCUUGUUACAGAUGGCAAAGGAUGGUUAUGAGGAUUUUCAGAGGUAUCGCCAAGAUUUGAAAGCGAACAAUGAACUGUGUCGAGUGGUGAGAAAUGGCACCUUACAGGAAAUUCGAGUGAAAGAAGUGGAAAUUGGAGAUUUUGUGUGUGUGAGACGAGAUGAGAGUUUUCCUGCUGAUUUACUUUGUGUAUAUUCGUCGAGAGAGGAUGAUUUGUGUUAUGUGGAGACAGCUCAUUUGGAUGGAGAAACCAAUUUGAAAACACGACGGCCUUUAAGCAAGUUUUUACCGAGUGGGAAUUCCCGUUCCUCAUUAUCGACACAAAAUGUCAUGAACCACACUUCACCUCCUCCUCCUCCUCAACACAACAAUGAAAAGCCUCAGGGAAUUGACUCCAUGAAUCCUCAUCCUCCUUCCUCAACAACACCAACACAAGAAUAUAUUCAUGCCACACUUGCAACUAUUAAGGGCAAACUCAAAGUUGAGGUUGCCAACAAGAAUCUUGAUGUCUUCGAAGGAACAGCCAAAGCGAUGCAUAGUGGAUCUUCUUCUUCCUCCUUCUGCUCAGACACUCCAUCAAAUCCUCUUGAACAGAAACAUUCAGAAAAAGCUUCUAAUGAACCUCCAUCACUCCUCUCCCAACAACAACCAGUUGUCAUGAUUAAGGAAGCACUUUCUAUGGACAAUCUUCUACUCAGAGGUUGUACCCUCAAAAACACUCAAUUUAUCUAUGGAGUGGCGAUCUAUGUUGGAAAAGACACUAAAAUUCUCAACAACACCAAAGAAAAUCGAGUGAAACGCAAUGCUUUGGAAGUAACCCUCAACCAAAUUCUUGCCUUGUUGGUGUUCAUUCAGCAAAUCAUUUGUGCCAUUGUCGCAGGCUUGCAAGGAGCUUUUCAAAAUGAUUUCAUGCACCGUGCCUUCUAUUUAAAACCAUUGAUUGUGAAUGAGGCGGCUGGUAGCGAUGGAAUGGCCUCGUUUGUAUCGGUCAUGUCGAAUUGGGUCACCAUAUUUAUCUUGUUAAAUUUGAUUGUCAAUGAGACAAUUGUCAUUGGAUUUGAAGCAAUUAAAUCCUUACAGUCGUGGUCCAUUGAAAAUGACACAGAGAUGAGAUUUGAGAAGUUGAAAACAGAGGUUCGAACAGCGAGUAUGAAUCAAGCACUUUCGAAAAUGGAUAUUAUCUUUUCAGACAAGACAGGAACUCUUACUCAAAACGAAAUGAAAUACUCAGAUUCCUAUGUGGAUGGAGUGUACUAUUCGGAGCGAAGUCAUCCAGGAGCCAUGAAGAACUAUUUGAAAGGUUAUUUAUCGUCAUACUCAUCGAAAAAUGGAAUGAAGGAUCAGUCCAAAGACACUCAUACUGAAGAACAUUCACAUCAUCAUUACCACCACCAACCACAACAACCACAACAACCACAACAACAUCAUCACUCUUUAGAGAAUGGAGGUGUUGAACAAUCAGGUUCUUCUAAGGAACAGCAGUCCAUCCUGCCGAGCGAGUAUUCAAAGUCCACGCACGCAUUUUUCUUACGAGAAUUUUUACGUUGUCUCUCUCUCAAUAAUAGCCUAAUGCCAGAGGAAGCAGUCGUCGACUUUGAGCCUUCACUCAAAGAUCCUCAAAGCCUUACAUCAUCCACACAACAAAGCCCUAAAAAUACACGACCCACCACGAUCACGACCACGACCACCACUCAUACGACUACAAGUGGUGGUGGUUCUGCUUGUACAACAACUGAAAACCCUUGCGAAUUGAAUCAUUCAAGUCGUGGGAAUGAUCAUGGCACAAACACACAUGAGGAUACUCCAAAAUACACCUAUCAUGGACCUUCCUCCGAUGAAAUUGCUCUCUUAGAAGCUGCUACGAAUAAUGGAUUUGUUCUUACCCAACGUACGCAUCAUGGAGUCGUUUUAGAGGAAUUUGGUGAGUUGAAACAUUAUGAAAUUGUGGCGACCUUUCCAUUCACUUCGGAGAGAAAACGAAUGAGCGUCUUGGUGAGGAAUCAUGACGAUGGGAAGUAUGUGUGUUAUGUAAAAGGAGCCGAUAGUGUGGUUUUAAAACGGGCAGCAACAACAAAUUCCUCCUCCUCUUUCUCUCAUCAUCACGAUAAUAGUCCUCAUCACCACAACUUGAAAUUAGCCUUACAACACUUCUCUAUGCGUGGAUUGAGAACUCUCGUGUGUGCUCGUCGGGAGCUUGCUCCUCAUGAAUUUCGUGAAUGGUUCGAAGAAUACACCAAAGCAUCUCUCUCGACCAAGAAUCGAGAUCAAUUACUGGCUCAAUGCGCCUCCCUAUUGGAGAGGGAUUUACAAAUUGUGGGAUGUACGGCUAUUGAGGAUAAACUUCAGGAACAAGUGGCGGAAUCCAUCUCGUAUUUGCAACAAGCAGGUCUUCAUAUUUGGGUCCUCACUGGAGACAAGACAGAGACUGCCAUUAAUAUUGCCUACUCGACUCAUGUCUUACAUAAGGAUAAAACUGUUGAGAUUCGAAUUCGUAAUGCGACUUCUCAUGCACAGGUGAAAGGAAAAUUGAAAGAGGCAUUGGAAUUCUUGGAAAAACACAAAAACAAACCUAAUAUCGAAUAUGCUCUUGUCAUUGAUUCAAAGUCACUCGAAUAUGCUUUGGAGAAGUAUGAGAAACCCUUACUUCGAUUGGCCUCCCAAGUCCAUAGUGCUGUCUGUUGUCGAUUGAAACCUCUCCAAAAAUCGACCAUUGUGAAAUUGAUUGAAAAAAAUCUCUCCAAGAAGGCACUGGCCAUUGGUGAUGGAGUGAAUGAUGUGGCCAUGAUUCAGGCAGCAUCUAUCGGUGUGGGAAUUAAGGGCAAAGAAGGUACUCAAGCUGCUCGUGCUGCCGAUUAUGCAUUGCCCAGAUUCAAACAUUUGGUUCGUCUGUUGGCUGUCCAUGGUCGAUAUUGUUGUGUUCGAAAUGCUGAUUUUUUACAUUAUAGUUUUUACAAGAAUUUCAUGUUGCUCGUACCUCAAUUUUUCUUCAUUUUCUAUUCUGCCUAUUCUGGAAUACUCAUGUAUGAUUCAUGGGAGCAACUCUUAUUUGUGGCAAUUUAUUGCUUCUUCCAACCUAUUGCGUCUGGUGCAUGUGAAAAAGAUUUACCAGAACAUGUGAUUUUGCAGCACCCAGAAAUUUAUGACACCUUAAAAAAGAAGCAUAAUAAUUUAUUUAGUGUUUCAAGCUUGGUUGGAUGGGGAUUGGUAUCGAUUUAUCAAUGCGCUGUUAUUUUCUUUGGAAUUGUGUUGAGUUAUGGUACGGAUGGAGAUUUUAUGGAAAAUAAUAGUUCCAUACCCUCUUCGGACGUGUAUCAUUUUGGUAAAUUAAUCAUGACCUGUGUGAUAAGCGUUGUGACUUUACGGUACAUGAUUGAAGUCAAAACAUGGUCUAUUCCUGUGUUUUUCUCUAUCUUUGGAAGUUAUUUAUUUUAUUUCCUAUUUAGUGUGUGCUAUUCACCAAUAGCGGACGUAUUCGGAGAAACAGGAUCUUAUUAUAUUUAUUACGAAACAGUCAUUAGUGUGAAAGCGACUUUAAUAUGCAUACUCGUGAUUGUGAUGGCCAUUUUACCCAACUUUUUAUAUAAGGCAGUUCGAAUGAACUUUUUCCCUCAUGAUUAUCAGCAGUUGCUGAUAGAGUACCAUCGAUCGAAACAAAACAAGAAAGAGCUAGAACAGAAAGCCUUAAAUGUUGAUCCAAUAAAAAUAGCGCUUGAUUGA